AUGGCAAACAACUCCUCGUCACGCCAGACUGAGUUGGGUGAUCCUCGCAGUACUCCGCUGGUCCACUUGACAAACACUGAUUGUCAAGAGAUGUCGUACAAGUCCCUCGAGGAGGGCUUCGUUGUCGAUGUGUUAGGCAAGCACUAUUCACCCAUCGAGGGCCACAAAGAUGAGAAGAUGUUUGCCGACUUGGAGAAGAAGCACGAGUGGCUAGAGGGUCUCGUCGGCGGUGACGAUUCUCAGGGAGGAGACGACGACCACGAGAAGUCACUCAACAGGAGGGAGCCACGACCACCAGGCACGAACUAG